AUGCAUGUUAUCAAGAAAAAUAGUUUAGCAGUUUCUGUUAAAAAGAUUGUUUUGUGUCAAACAAAGAUAAGAUUUUUAGGUUAUAAUAUUCAAAAUGGUUCAAUUAUUCCAAUUCAGAGAAGUUUAGAUUGUACUGAAAAAUUUUCUGAUGAAAUUUUAGACAAAUCUUCUCUUCAAAGAUUCCUUGAUUGCUCAAAUUAUGUUGACGACUUUAUCAAAGAGAUAAGACUACAAAAGAGUCUGAAUCCAUGGUCUCACGAGUGCAUAUUAGCUGUCCAAAAAAUAAAAAAAGCUGUAAAAAAUAUUCCAUGUUUAUCAAUUCUUGACCCUACUGCUUCAAUAAUUGUCGAAACCGAUGCCUCUGAUUUAGGCUUUGGUGGAGCUGUUAAAGCAGAUUCCAAAAGAGUCAAAUCAAGAACAGUUGGUUAG